CUCUGUCACAGGUCGUAGGCUGAGCUCAGAAUAUAGCAAAAGACAAAAGGAAUGCGGGCCGUUCUCUUUGUGAUGCUGGCUGAGCGCGCUUGCGCUGCAUUGUCCUUGCCAAAUCUAUGCCUCUGGCGACCACCCCCUCCCCAGCUUGGAAACCAAGCAGCUUCGGGUCAACCGCCAUCAAGGUGGGACUCCACAGGCCGGUGCGCCGACCAUUUUUGCAUUUACGCAAACCAUGGGUUCGCCGGCGGCAGGGGGAUGGUCACAAUCACCACCAACUCCAACCUCAAAAGGCUGAAGAAGAUGUUCGACGACCCAAACGCACAUGGAAGCUCUUUAACCGCGCCACCGCCAUUCCACCUCGCCGAAAUCAAAGGCAAGGGCCUUGGUCUCGUGGCCAACACCACCCUCCGCCGCGGUGACCGCCUCAUGCAGGUCCCUCCCGCCGUGCUCAUCCACCGCAGCUUUCUCGAGGAGCUCCCCGCGCACGCUCAAAUACCACUCCUCGAAGCAGCAGUCACCCAGCUACCUGCUCCCCUCCAGCAAGCCUUCCUCUCCCAAAUGAGCCACUCCGACCCCAACCACGAACAGCACGAAUACCACUCCCUCGCCCACAAGAUCAGUGCCAUCCUCGCCACAAACUCCUUCCAGCUGGACCUAGGCGGUGGCGGCGGCCUUGGCGGCCAGCACUACGCCAAUUACCCGCACGCGUCGCGCUUCAACCACGACUGCCGUCCCAACGUGGUUUUCCAUCUCGACCCGCGCACGCUGGCACACACCACCACUGUCGUGCGGGACGUGCAGCCGGGCGAGGAGCUGGCCAUCUCGUACCUGGACUCGCUGGAGCCGCGGGCCGCAAGGCAGGCCCGGGCGCAGCAGGUGUGGGGGUUCAAGUGUUCGUGCGCGCAGUGCAUGUUGGGUGAGAAGGAGGCGGCGAAGUCGGAUCGGAGGGUGCAGGAGAUUCUGCAGAUUGAAAGGAAAUUGGAGGAUAUUUCGAGUAAAGGGGUUAAUGGGGAGUUGUUGGAAAGGCUGGUGAGGUUGUAUCAGGAGGAGAGCCUUGAUGCGAAGGUAGCGGGUGCGUACACGCUUGUCGCGUUGAACUACAACAUGCUUGGGGAUGCGAAGAAAGCGGGCAAGUAUGCGAAGCUUGCGCACGAGGCGGUGGUAAUGGAGAGGGGGGAGACGGCGGGGGAUGCGGAAGCGAUGAGGGUCCUCGCGGAGAAUCCAAAGGGACAUUUCACCUGGAGGAGGAGACUGCAGAGAUGA